AUGGGAAUUGACGAUAUUUCUCGGAUAUAUAUAGGAAAUUUGCCCAGCGACUGCUCCCAAAAGGAACUCGAGGAAGAAUUCGAAAAGUUCGGCAGGAUUCUUUAUUGCGAUUUGAAGAGAUCGUAUACAGGAUCCUCUUUCGCGUUCAUCGAAUUCAGUGACUCGAGAGAUGCCCGUGACGCCAUACGCGACAAGGACGGAUUCGAGUUCCACGGAAAGAAGCUUCGCGUAGAGCUCCCAUUCCGCGAGCGCGACCAGGCAUCUGGAGGAUCGAGACGUCACGGCCCGAGACGCGGCAAAUACGUACUCGAGGUCACAGGCCUACCGCCCUCCGGAAGCUGGCAGGACCUGAAGGACCAUAUGCGCGACGCAGGACACUGCGGCCACGCAGACGUCUUCAGAGGCGGAGUUGGAGAAAUUUCGUUCUUUUCCAGGAGUGAUAUGGAGUACGCCAUUGAAAAGUACGAUGGCUCAACCUUCAAGUCACACGAAGGUGAGAAAUCCAGGAUUUCAGUUCGGGAGAAAAGACGCAGAAGAAGGAGCUCCUCGUACAGGAGAAGGGCCAGGUCCUACAGCCGCUCGAAAAGUAAAUCCAGGUCAUAUUCAGCCUCUCCCAAGUACAGGUCUAGAACAAGGUCUAGGUCAAGAGAGAGAUCGAGGUCAAGAACCAGGUCCAGAUCCGAAGCGAGGUCCGUGUCUGAGAGGUCACAAACCAGAUCAAGAUCGAGGUCGGACAGCAAGGGUCACUCCCCGGAACGCUCCGAAGAACGCAAGAAGUAA